AUGAGAUUGAACAAGGCUGCAAGGGUUAUCCUCUUUGGCGCACCCGGCGUGGGCAAAGGAACGCAGAGCGAGCGCCUGCUCAAUCGCUUUCCUCAACUCAACACCAUCAGCACUGGCGAUCUCCUGCGACACAAUGUCAAGAACAGGACCCCUCUCGGUAUCAAGGUCGAGAGCACAAUGAAGUCGGGUGGCCUUGUCGCCGACGACCUCAUGCUCCGCCUCAUCUCCAACGAACUUUUCACUCGUGGUUGGCUCAAAGGUCAAGGACCUCCAAGCGUCAUGACCCUUGCUUCCGAGGCCACCUCCUUCGAACACUCGUACCGCCCACCUCAAAUUGAUACCCUUGUCGCCUCUCCCUUCCACUUCGACGAGCACACCCCGCCCCGCGUUUCCGACGACCCCGCUGCCUCCUUCAUCCUCGAUGGUUUCCCCCGUACCGCCCCCCAGGCCGGUACUCUCGACAAGAUCGUCCCAAUCAACCUAGUUGUGUCCAUCAAGACUCCGCUCUCCGUCAUCAUGAAGCGCAUCGCUGGUCGCUGGGUCCACGAGCCGUCAGGUCGUGUCUACAACACCUCCUUCAACGCCCCGCGUGUCCCCGGCCGCGACGACGUCACUGGGGAGCCCCUCAUCCAGCGGGCCGACGACUCCGAGGAAAUCUACCGUACCCGCUUCCAGAAGUUCCAGGAAACGAGCGAGCCAGUCCUCAACCACUAUGCCAAGAAGGGCGUUCUCGUCGAAGUCGAGGGCAUGAGCAGCGACGAAAUCAGCCCCAAACUAUACAAAGAGUUUGAGAAGCGAUUCGUCCAAUGA